AUGCGGCGUCUAUCGGUUACUUCUAGAGUGGCCAGGAUCGCGCCUGCUGCUCCCUCCAUUUCGCUGGUCUCGUUGCUUGCAGAUCAGCUCGUGCCCAAAUGUUCCUCCUGUGGGAUCAGACUUCAAACAACAGACAAAUCUAAAGAAGGUUACUACGUCGAACCGUCCCCAAAACCUCCUAAGGAGAACCCGUUAGAUAGUGUUUUUGAGUCUCAUGUGAACAAGAUGAGCGAGGAAGAUAGAAUGCUUCUACUCAAUGGGUCAGAUGUGCCUGAUUUGAAAUCUGAAGUACGCCAGCAGAAAGAAUCCAAAAGAAGAGAUGGUAAAAUUCAAUGCUUGCGCUGUCGAGAUGCCAACUUGAAGGCAACAUUUGAUCUCUCUCAAUUCCCUAUAGAUCCUGUCAGUGAUGUGAUGGAGACUAUACCUCCUGGUGCUCCACUUGUUUAUGUUGUGAGUGGUACUGACUUUCCCAUGUCUGUGAAUGAAGAAGUAUUCAAGUAUAGAUCGCCGAAGCAUAUGAAAUUUGUCGUUACCAAGACGGAUCUUCUUUUUUCAAAGAAAGAUAUGGUGAACAAAUAUGGUGAGCGCUUCUACCAGGACUACUUCGAAAGAACCUAUGGUGUUCCCCGUGAGAAUGUUUUUGCUAUCAGUGGUACCAGUGACUGGAAUAGCUCCUCUCUUCUUGCUGCAAUAGAUGACGGGCUGUAUAUCAUUGGCACCGUGAACAGUGGUAAAUCGACCCUCAUUCAGUCGCUUCUUCAUGCAGCCCAGAGGGAAAAGAGUGAACUUCCUAACGCCCGUAGAGAACGUCAAAUACAAAAAUUGAGUGACGAACUUAUCUCUAAAGGAAUCAAGCCACCAAGUCGAAUGUCACUUAUACGACUGAAUAUCAAAAAGAUCUCCACAUUCAAACAGCAGCAUGGACCCGGCGUUUCAUAUAUGCCAGGCUUCACUAGGGGCAACUUGCCCUUUGAACUCACGACUCAGAAAACUGUUUUUGACGUACCCGGAUUUUCUAGUGCACGAAACACAAGACUUUCCAAUAUAAUAAAACCCGAGCAAAUCAAGAAACUUCUUAAAGGAAAAAAGGUCUAUAAAGUUGGCAUGUACGACUCUCAUUACGAGACUGUCAAGGCGGGACAGGUUCUUACAGUGGGCGGGUUGUUUUUCUUGCAGGUGCCAGACAAUGCUAUGCUUCAAAUACGAAAUUGCAUCAACCACAAGUCACAUGUGUUCAAGAACUUGCAAAAAGCUCUUGAUGUUUUCAAUGGCCAACGCACAGAUGCUAUGAAGGAUGUCUUUCUCGUUGAUCCCAAUAAGGCUGAACUUCAGAAGUACAUAGUGCCCCUUUUCCACGGAAAAAAGGACAUUGUACUUCAAUUUCUAGGUCACAUCGUGGUUACUCCUACUGGAGCAAAAAAUGCCCAGGAUCCUUUUGUUAUCUAUCUUCCCAAGGGUGUUGAAGCUAUCUUGCGCCAACCAAUCACGAAUUACAUCACUACUACCCUUUCUGGUAGAGACGCCAAUGGAAAUCCUUUGAGAAAGGAAAAUUGGAAGUCUAAGAGCACCAAAGAGGUCAAGAGAUGGACGGGCAAGAUUCCUUUUUACACUGACCUUGUCCCUGCUAGCGAGUACUCUAAUCAUCUUGACCACAUGAAACUGUAUGUGCAGCGUUACCAGGCAGACAAUGCAAAUGAGAACAAGGAACCCAAUGACAAAGAGUCAGAAUAUGCCAUGUGGUUUCAAAAAAAAUAA